AUGGGUGAGCAGAAUGCGGCAUCUUUGACGGCGGUUGGUUAUCAGCCAACCAAGAAACGAACCGACGACGAUGUGAUCUAUCUCGGCACCUACAAAGUGAAGGAUUCUACUCAUACCGUUGAUGCCUCUCUGAGCACACCCGAGCGAAACAGCCGACUUUGUCGAGACCACGUAGCAUCAACUCGGCCAAGGCUUCGAAAGAGCCAUCACGGGAGAAUUGACAUGGCCUCCACGCUGAAGAUACCCGCCGAGAUGACCUACAAGCAUGUCAGACUUGGUGUGAUGAAGGACUUUAUCGAUUUGCGUCGAGCUGUAUAUGGGUUCUUUGACCGCGCAGGGAGGCUUCGCCGCCGUACGGAGAUCAGAAAACGCACUGGUACAGCGGAUCUAGUUCCUUGGUUGAGCGCCGCUCUUGUCGCUCAUGAUCAAGUCGAAUAUCGUCCAUGCUUCCGAGGAUUAACACAUCAACAAGUCCGAAAGGAGUUGCGCUGCCAGUUGGCAAGAAAGCUUUAUUCGCAUGCCGCCGAUGGAGAGAUGUAG